GCCGCUCCCGGCCCGGCCCCGCCCCGGCAGCAGCGCCCGGCGCCGCGGGGCCGUCAGGCGGCGGAGCCCGCGCGGGGAGCGGGCAGGGCGCGGGCAGGGCCCGGGGAGCGGGCACAGCGCGGGGUCCCGCUCGGCCGCCAUGGCCGCGGUGCCGCUACCCGCGCGGGGCCGGCGGGGGGCGCUGCACGAGGCGGAGGAGCCGGAGCGCAAGCGAGCACGCAGGCCAGUAGAAACCAUUGCCAGGGAGGCUGAUGCUUUCCUCGUCGGCUGUGCCAUGGAGCUGGAUUCGAAGCAGAAAAUCUCGGCUGACUGGGCUCCUUGGGCUGCAAAGACAAAGCAAAACUCAGUGAUUUUUGAAAACCGUGGAGGCGGAGGCACUGCCCAGCCUUGCCCAAGAUGUAUUGCCGGAGAAUCUGGACACUUAAAUCACAUCCUGGGCUUAUAGGAACGUGGAGACGGCGGAUCGCAGCGCUGCGCUUCUGCUUCAGUUCUGGAAAUGGGCCGGUGAACCCCGUACAGCUGGACGUCUGGACGUGGCGUGCGCUGCGCUUGUGUGUGGAGCUCAGCUGUAUGUGUUGCUCUUUCACUGCACAAUUAGGAAUAUUGCUGUUUUUACACGUGAAAAAAUGCUUCUGCUUUUGAGGUGGCUCAGUAUAUGUUUAAAACAACCUGCUGUAACGUUUUAGAGUAGUUGGGUAGAUCUGGCCUCUGGCCCAGCCUUCACCUGGGACUGGCCAUGUUGAUACACGAGAUUUUCCUGUCUCCUGGCUGCUUUCUCUGAUCCUUUUGGAAAGUGGUCCUUGCAUUUCGUGGGUGCGGGGCCUGCAGCUGUAGCUCAGCCCUUUAUUCGCAGGCAGGAAUGGGAAGACAGGAGUGUCUUCAUUUUUAGGUGGCUGUUCAGCUGUGAAAAUUCAGCCAGUAAAAAUCCUAUUGAAAGUUAUGUUUAAAUCCAAAAUAUACAGCCAAUCGGGGUAUCUCGCACUGUAGACUUCUAGUUGGUGAAUGUGGCGGGUGACUAUCUAAUAGAAAAAGCAGUAUUAUUGGAGCAACCCUCCUUAAAGCGAAGAUGACCAGUAGUUCAGCUCCGUGAAAUCCUCACACAGUUGUUAAGAUACCAUCUGACACUCCCUCUCUUUCCAGUUAUUGCAGUAUUAGAACAAAUCUGUUGACAAAGUCUUAAGCUUGUCGUCCACCACGUCACAACAGGCUCUUCUACACUUUCCCCAUAUAUAGCGCUAUAGAAUUUUUAAAUACAUUUGGAUUUUUAGACUCUAAGAUAGCAGAGUUGUGCUGCAGACUACACAACCUUAAGACAAAGGUUUUUCAACAGUCAAUGCUUCCUAUAUUGUGUGUAGACUUGUAGAUAGUACUGAGCUGACUGUUAUUAAAGAGGAAUUCUUCCUAAAUAUACCAGUGUCAUGUAACUACUGAAUUCAGUUAAGUAAUAGAUGUGGAAAUAGUCGGUAAAGCAGAGCUGCACUAAGUUGCCAUGCAGACUGUUUGGUUAGGAAAGAAUGUUUCCUCCAAGCCAAUAAAACUCUUCGUUACCUCAAAAAUAAAGAUUUUCGAAGUGCAGAAUUUUCUCAGACACUUCAGAUUUUGUUCAACCAUGAGAACAGUGCAACUGGUUAAAAGAUCAAAGCCCCAAGAAACACAGUGGGGUUAAGAAUUGUAUUGUCCCUGUUACCUUGAAGAUCCAAAACUCAUCUUGAAUCCUCUCGCUCCCAAUACGGGUUGAUGCCAGCAAUGGUAUCUGGAGAAAAAACACCAAAAACACAACUAGAAAGGAACGGGGGUUCCCUUGAGAUGACAGUUCCAUGAGCAAGUUCCUGUGUGCUGAUGGAGUUUAUCAGUUAGUGGAAAAUAAUAAUGCACAAUGUUUCUAAAGACUGAAAUUAUUUGUUACCAAGAUAACUGGAUUGUAUUGCAGGCAAUUCAUUUUUACAUUUUCCAACCCUUGUUUUUUAAAAAUGCUGGUAAUGAUAUAAUAGCAGCCAAAAGAAGACGGCUGAGCAUCAGUUGCUGGGCUGUCGGAGCUGAAAUAGCUGCUAAAGGUAAAAGGCUAAAAGUUUCAUUACUGCAAAAUGGCUCAAAACCUGUUAUGCUUCCUCAAGUAGUGACGCACACAACGGUUUCGCAUCAAAAUCCAGGGUAUCUAAAGAGGGGAAUGUCAAAAGGAGACUUGGACUCCAUGGUGGAAGAGUUUUGUGCUAGAACAUACUAGAGCAGAGCAGCAUGGCAUUGUCUUGAAAACACCAGGGUACGUCCGUGGAUUAUCCAACCAAAAGGGUGCUUUUCAUGGAAAUAAUUCAAAUUUCAUCAUGUUAAGAAUUCACAGAUACCUGUGGAUGUAUUACUUCUGUUUGCUUUAAACAUAUCCAUAUUUUAAUCUUGUGUGGCAAACGGUAAAAAUGAAAACCAAGUGUUUUAGUUAUGGUCCUUGUAGGUUUUGUGCCAUGUUCUUUUUAAUUCUUCUCCUUUUAGAGUAACCAUUACUUGGAUUUUGUAAAAUCUUACUGGCCAUAAGUGGCAGGACGGGUGUCACGGAGGCUGAUAAGUCAUGCCAGUGUUCCAGUUUAGUGUCAUUUUUGUGUCAGUGCUGCUGCUGUGACUGACGCGGUGCAGGCGUCUCGUUACACAUCACCCUGGCUCUCAGGACUGUCCUUGGAGAUUCCUGCAUCUGCACAGCUAAUCAAACAGGAGAAUUUCAUCCUAGUUUUCCCUCUGGACUCUGCAGCGUGAACGUGGGCCUGUUGUACUUCUCUUUAAAAACGUGACGCUGCAGUUCCCAUCCAGUCUCAUUACUGCUUGAGUUAUUCACGUGGACAUUCUGAACAUCUAAAUUCCGUGCUAUGGAAAGUAAACUGGAGUAAAAUGGCCACAGGUAGGGGUAUUUUAUUUAACUAUAGCCUUUUGCAUUCUCCAGGAACACAAGAUAGGAUAGUGCUCAAACCAAUUCUCUAAUAAUACUUACAUACCCCUCCCCGUUCCCCUACCGGUUUCAUCUCUUGAAAACAAACUCCAAGAAGAGGUGUAGGAAUUAGGAAUAGCUAGUGGCACGUUAACUCCCCUCGUUUUCAGCAUAUCCCAGUUACCACUAUCACACAGUGAUACUGAAAGUUGUCAAUAAAAUACUUUAGUAUAGAAAAGCAAUGAAAACCACUCUUUAGUUACCAUCCCUGCUGUAUCAGAACACAGUUUGUAACGAGAGCGUUAAUAACCAGUUUGGCAUGGAAAUGCGAUGCUUUUCCUCAAAAAGGGUUUCUAUGAAAACUCACCUGUAUCUUUCUGUUCCUUCAGAGUCAAUCAAGUGUUUUAAUUGUUGCAUCCUAACAUUUCAGAUUCCAGGGUAACCCCCCUUAGUUAUUUAGCUGCAGAAGCACCAGAUUUUCUUGCCUUAGAGCUGAGGCUUGAGCAUCGAAUAUCACCAAAAUUAUGAAAACGUCAGUGGUAUCCAACAGUAUUUUUUCUUCACUAUUGUUUGUUGAUGCAAAUGAUGUAUUGGCUAUUAGGGGAACGGAAAACUUCUCUCUUUUUAUUGAAUAUUGUUAUCUUCAAUAUCUAAGAAGUCGUUCCAGCGUGACUAGAAUUCAAGUGUAUACUGAAUUUGCGCAGUGUAAGGAUUCUCUUCCUACUGUUUGCCAAAACAGCAGCCCCCUCUCUCCGUGUUUCUGGAGCGGGUUCCAGUAUGAGGAACCGCAGGAGCCCCGGGGAGUUGCGGUUCGAGGCCGCGGUGACUGCGCUGACCCGUUCCCUUCCCAUUCCCUCUCGGUGUGGGAGGCCCCACGUCCUAACAAAAGCUUGAACAGGUUCUUACUCACAUUUCUGGGCGUGCUACUGCUGGUAAAUCAAGUAUUCUGAACAGAUGCACGUGGCAGUUCUGUUCUGCGUAAGGCGCCCCAAAGUGAGCUAAGUGGUGCUGCCGCCUGGUGAGCCGGAGUUCCCUUGGUUCUUGCACAACAGCCACUGCUGGAACUGAUUCCGUAGCCAUCCCUGAGCUCUCCGCGGGCCGCGGAGCCCCCGAGCUGCUCAGGAACACCACCAGCCCUCAUGCUUUCCACAAACAAGGACACACGCACUUCUGGAUAAACUUUAAAGCGAAUCACUGAGUUCGGAAGUGACUCCUUCCUCUGUGCUUUCUGGUGGGGCAAGGGAUGUAUUCAUAAAGCAGCCAGUGUGAAAACAAACUGUACUUUAAUAUAUUGGAGGUUUUUAAUCAUGGUAUUUUUAAAACUUAUUUUUGUAAGACUUUACUUUGUAUAACUGUGAAAAUUUGUUCUACUGAUAAAAAUGACAUACUCUAUAUUUCCUAAUAUUGUGGUUUGUACACAAAAUAACCUGAAUGAUACUUUAUUUACAUGUAUAUAGCAAAAGAAUCAUAUGGUCUGUUUUUAAUUCCGUUUAUAAUUAUAUAAUCUAAUAUUUUUAACUUUGUAUUUUGUAAAUUGUUACUUACAAAAGCAGAAGCAUUAAAACACCACUUUGGCUACAGUA